AAUGCGAUCGCGAUCCUGCAAUAUUUUACAUAGUUGUCGUGUUUGCUUCGUUUUGACUUCCGGUUGUUGGGGUGUCGGCAUUUCGCGAUGUAAACAUUAUCUAGUUUUAGGGUUCGAUUGCAUUUAGGCGAGCUGUCAGGAAUGAAGUGUGCUCAAGGUGCUUUGUGUUGUUAAUUUCGCUUGAGUGUGCUUACUGGGAUGGCGCAAUUUUCGAAAGACGCGGUAUGGUAUCGUUCGCCUGCGAUACACUUCAGUCGCGUUGUUAGCUGCAUGCGAUUUGACGUAUUCUGCGCGUGGUGAUGUCACUUGUCGGCUUAUUUUUAUGAAAUGUCAAACGAUCUUCAUGUAAUGUGGGAGUGAAUGAUAUAAACAUAUUGAGAGUGUAAUUAAUUGAUCGGUGAAAUUAUAAUCGUGUGAUAUGGACUGUUAUUAUUCGAAAUUUUAUCCAAUACGUAAGUGACAAAUGGAAAAGUUACUUGAACGGUGAUCGCAGCACACACGAUGCAUUCCGCCGGAUAUUACGCGAACCUCGCGAGCGGCGCGCUCGCAGCCGGCACCAUUGCGUCCCCGUGGAGCGCCGCCGCCGGCGCCGCCGACACCAAUGGCUCGGCUGCCGACGCCAAGCAUCUCGACGUCGGCGACGCCAGUGAUGAUGAGAAGGACUUGUCGGCGGCAGAUGCGGAGGGGGUCUGGAGCCCCGACAUCGAGCAGAGCUUCCAAGAGGCGCUGGCGAUAUACCCGCCGUGCGGCCGCCGCAAGAUCAUCCUGUCUGACGAGGGCAAGAUGUACGGACGGAACGAGUUGAUAGCAAGAUACAUAAAACUAAGAACUGGAAAGACCCGAACAAGAAAACAGGUCUCUUCACACAUCCAGGUGCUGGCUAGACGGAAACUUCGAGAGAUACAGGCCAAACUAAAAGUGGAUGGCGGGAUGAUGAAGGAUAAGGCCAUGCAGUCGAUGUCGACGCUGUCCAGUGCUCAGAUCGUAGCGGGCUUACCGCACCCGGCUUACCACCACACGCAAUUUUGGCAACCUGGUCUGCAAGCUGGUACGUCACAAGAUGUGAAGCCGUUCCCGGGUCCAGGGUACAAGGGAGUCCCGGGAGUGCCGGGCGUGGGUGUUCCCGGAGGCACGGACGUCGCGCCGCCGCCGCCGUGGGAGGGCCGCGCCAUCGCCACGCACAAACUCAGACUCGUAGAGUUCUCCGCCUUCGUGGAACAUCCGAGAGACCCUGAUACGUACCCACCAAGUUCAGCCCCAGCGCAACAUCUCUUCGUACAUAUAGGUGGUUCAGUGUCUUAUGCAGAUCCUUUAUUAGAGUCCGUAGACGUGCAACAAAUAAAUGACAAAUUCCCAGAGAAGAAGGGCGGUCUGAAGGAACUCUAUGAGAAGGGACCUAGAAACGCGUUCUUCUUAGUGAAAUUCUGGGCGGACCUCAACACUAGCAACUUAGACGACCCCAGCGCCUUUUAUGGCGUAACAAGUGUCUAUGAAAGCAAUGAAAACAUGACGAUAACGUGCAGUACUAAAGUAUGUUCGUUUGGAAAACAAGUCGUCGAGAAAGUCGAGACGGAGUAUGCAAGAUUUGAGGGUGGCCGCUUCGUAUACCGCAUCCAUCGCUCACCAAUGUGCGAAUACAUGGUCAACUUCAUCCACAAACUCAAACACCUACCUGAAAAGUAUAUGAUGAACAGUGUGCUAGAAAACUUCACCAUACUUCAGGUGGUGACAAACAGAGAUACUCAAGAGACAUUAUUAUGUGCAGCGUUUGUGUUUGAAGUGUCGAACAGUGAGCACGGUGCGCAACAUCAUAUCUAUAGGCUCGUGAAAGACUGAACAUCAAGCCCUUCAGUUCUUUACAUCGCACAUUCAUUUUCACACUUUUCACGUAUUUCACCUUCUUACCGAGGUGACGCACAAAAUAACACGGAAUUGGGACUUUAUGUAAUGUC